UGGUCUGGAUCGACCUGGAGCUGCUGCUGUGUCGUGAGCGAGAGAGACAGAUUAGUCUGAUCUGCUGAUGAUAAGAGCAUUGAGAUAAGAUGCUGGCCUGGUCCGAGCAUGUAACCUGUUAACUACUUAUCCUGCCGGAACAAUGGAGCAGACUGCGCAGGUGGAUCUUGUCUUGAGCUGUGUGUAUCAGACACAUGCAGUAGAUGGUCCAGACACAUAGCCUGAAGGCUGCGCUGCAACAAUGCCAGAGUCGUCCGUGGUCAAGGACAUUCACAGCAGCUCCGCUGAAAGUAGAACGUCCCCCUUGAGGCAGUUUAGCCAAUCAUCGCUGCCUCUGCACAGAAACUACGUGCUCAGUACCUUCUGCACAGAGCACAAUGUGCCAGAAUGUCUGUCCCACAUCAAUCAGGAAGUGUCAUUUCUUGGCCUCCCACCACCCUGGACGGAGUCGGUCGGCAGCUCAGCGCUAAAUGUAGUGGCUGUUCUAAACUGCAUGUAUGACCUGAUUCAGCUGCAUCGCAGGGGCCUCCGAACCCUGGAAAACUUGGAAGUGGAGCAGCUGAAGUCAAGCAGCAAUGUGGACUACCUGCAGCUCACCAGCACCCGGCUAAAGGAACAGCUUGAACUUUCCAAAAGAGAGAACACAGGUAUCCUCGAGAAAGAACGGCAGCUUCAGCUGAAAGUGAAAAGUUUGCAGACCUGCCUGAAAAAUGAAAAGGAAGAGGUGCAAAAACUUCAGAACAUAGUUGCAAGUCGGGCCAGUCAGUACAAUCAUGAGAUGAAAAGGAGGGAGAGAGAAUUCAACAAACUGAGAGAGCGUCUCAAUCAACUUCUAGUUGACAAAAAGGAGAAGAAACAAGCCAUUGAUAUAUCAAACAACAUUGGAAGAGCUGAUGGAAAGAGAAGCCUCUGGAAAACUGAAAAGACAGAAGCAAAGCAUGAAGGGGAGAUGUACAAGACUCUGCUGAGCGACUAUGACGCCCGACAGAGGGAGCUGGUGCUGGAAAAUGCAGAGUUGAGGAAAGUGUUGCAGCAAAUGAAAAAAGACAUGGUGUUUAUUUUGAGUUCAAGGACUAUGAAAGGGGAUCAACAUGAAGAUGGUUGCAUAAAGGCUGACUUCGAGGUGGAGGAGGAGGAUGAAGUGUUAGAUUCCAGUAAGGAAAGCGUGGAGCUGUAUUGCGUUCAUGCUCGAGAGAAGCUGACCAACAGUAUUCGCCUCCAGUGGAGAAGACUCAAGAGCCACGUAGAGAGACUGGACAGCCAAGCGUCUUUGGCACAGAUGGGUGAGAGUAAAAACUCUGAUGCUGUUCCACGAGAGACUCAUGAGGAGGAGAUGGACAGACUGAAGCUGGAGAUCCAGCAAUGCAGAGACUUUAUUCAAACGCAACAGCAGCUGCUGCAGCAGCAGCUCAGCUCUCCGUGCGACGAGGAGACAGAAUCCCUGCUGAGCGACUGCUACAUGUCUCAGGAGAAAGAUCCUCUCCGAGAGGAGUGGAAGAUGCUACAGGAACAGAGAAAUAUCUUUGAGAGGGAGAGAAGGAACUUUACAGAAGCAGCCAUAAGACUAAGCCAUGAGAGGAAGGCCUUCGAGGAGGAUCGCGCGACGUGGCUCAAACACCAGUUUUUAAACUUUAGUCCAUUUGCCGACUCAAAGAAACCCCAGAUGUCAAAGUCUAAAAGUGCCUUUUUUAAAUCUGAAACAGAGGCGAGUGCAGCAUUGGAUCCAGAACAGCUCGUCAAACACCCCUCUGACACGACCUCCCCCUCACACAGAAGUCCCCCCCUCACAUCACCAUCCACAGGCGACCUGUGUCGGUCACUUUGCAUCACCCCAGAAAACAGCUCAACCAAACAAAAGACAAAGACUCAAAAUGUUGAGGACUCAAACAUCUUUUGCAAUGGAAAUGUUCCAGUUCAGCAUGAAUGGUGGGACAUCAGUAAACACCACAGCGGCCACACACUCACAGGAAAAUACUAGCUCCGUGAGACGCCAAAAACUCUUAUCUUCUGAAUCAGGAUUUAUGUGAAUGCCCAUAAAUCAUUGACAAUGUAUGGUAUUUCACAGCUAUACAUGACACAACUUGAAGAUUGUUGUAAAAGGAUUAAAUAGCUCAGGAAAUAGAUGUUAACAGUUAAAGUCAGGGGAGUUGUUUUUUGCUGCUGUCGCGAGAAUUGUUGUAUAAAUGUUUCUUUUUUAGUAGCCCACUGUUUUAUUAUUAGAUUAUGUGAUAAAUAUAUUAAUUAAUUUAUGUUAUACUGUAAAUCUACCUUUGCGAGUCACAUCUAGCAUCUUAGACUGAGGUAAAAAAAAAAAAAAAGAAUUGGAGUGCAGGUGUGCAACCAAAGAUGUUGCUUCCUGUUCUCAUUGGCUGGUGCUGCAGCUAAAGUUAACUUUAAAUUCUCAUUUAUAUCACUAACUUUAGAUAAACGUUAUCAAGUUAAAGCUGGAGUGUGCAACAUUUAUACAUGAAUGAACGUGGGUUACCAAAUGAUUUCACACAAAUCCUCUGAGCAGCAGGCAAAUCUGGCGUCUGUUGCAACAUCCUGUGCUAGCCCUCUGGUAGCAAUGUGUUUUUCAUCGGCCAGCAAUUAAUGGUUUGCCAGAGUGGAGCAUCCAUAGUGAUGGAGUCGGCGACAGCAACUAGGAGUAUCUCGGAGGCCAUGGCGGAAGAGAUGUAUCUGAAAAUGUAUGUCCAGAGGAAGGAUUGCAAUCUAAAAAAGAGAGCAAUUGAAAUGUUUUCUAAAAAUUGUCUAAUUACUCUCACUGCCAGAUGGGAAAACAUAUAUUCUGUACUACAGGUUUAAACUUGUGAACUUCAAUGUAGUUUGGGAGUAAAUCUAAUGCUGUUGUUUCACUCAAUGCAACAAGAAACUAUCAUGUGAAUUAUGCAGUUUUGUUAUAGAAAUGUGGCUGAUUACAUUGCUUUCUUAUAAAUGUUGCGGUUACAUAGUACAGUUACAUUAGUGGUCAGUAAUGUAUCAUGUUGAAGUUAAAUAGAAGGACAGGCUGUCAAAUUUAACACAAUUUACAUCAUGUGUAGUAGAUAUUGAAGGUAGACAAAUAAUGUGUCUAUAAUGUAAAUAACUUUCAACAGUUUUCUAUGAAUGUUUCUUAGUAAAUGGACUGUAUUUAUAAAGCACUUUACUAGUGUUAUAGACCACUCGAAGCGCUUUACUGCACAAGUCACAUUCACACACACAUUCAUGCAGUGCUGUUAUUUACCGCGCUUUUUUCUAUCACAUUCAUACACAUCCAGAGGCAAUUUAGGGUCAAGUGUCUUGACCCAUGCGGCCGAACGACUAUUUCCUGAGCCACAGUCGGUUUUGUGUUGACCAAGCAAAAUAAUCCUUGCAACAAGAGUGUGUCUUUAAUUGUGUAUUCUAGACAAUCUUUCAUUCUUGAAAAAUUCAUUAUACAUUGACGAAACACGA